AUGGCAUCUACUACCUCUGCUCUACGACGCCGACAAAUCGCCGCCCGCAUUCGCCUCAGCGAGAUGCUAAACGAGCUUGAGCUCGAUCAUGAGUGCAAACUUGUGCAAGCCAUCCGCGAAUUGCCACUUACGGAGACAAUUCGUUUCUGCAACGAAUGGGAGAGCAUCACGCCUGACGAGCGAGCCGCAAGGCUCGAGAGACUUCACCGCGACGCCCAGAAUUUCAAUUCUAUUUACAUGCUUAAUGGAGUCCUCGUCACCCUUAUGCCAGAUUGCCGCCAAGGCCAGCCUGCCAGUGAGCAGACUGUGAAUCCCACGAACGAGUCGACUGAGAGCGAGUCAACCGAGAGCUCAGAGGAGGAUGAUUCCGAUGAGGUGGAUGAUGAUUCUGAGGAAGAAGAUUCCUCCGACGAUGAUGAUUCUUCUGACGAAGAUAUGGACGUUGACGAAUAG